AUGUACGCGAAGGGAAAAGGGUCGCAAGUGCCCUCGGACUCUCAGGCGAGGGAAAAAUUGGCGCUUUACGUGUACGAGUACUUGUUACAUGUGGGAGCACAAAAAGCAGCACAAACGUUUCUGUCAGAGAUUCGAUGGGAGAAAAAUAUUACUCUAGGAGAGCCACCUGGGUUUUUGCACUCUUGGUGGUGUGUCUUUUGGGAUCUGUAUUGUGCUGCGCCCGAGAGAAGAGACUCUUGUGAACACAGCAGUGAGGCCAAAGCGUUUCAUGACUAUGGAUUCGUAAAUAGUGCUUACAACGUCAAUGGAAUUGCACAUAAUGCUGGGCCAGCCCCAUCUCCAAUUGGUCAAAUGCCACCAAACGACGGAAUGCCUGGUGGUCCCAUGCCUCCUGCUUUCUUCCCAAACAACUCGACAAUGCGACCAUCUCCGCCCACACACCCCUCAUCACAGCCAUCCCCCCAGCACCCCCAGCCACCCCCGCCCCCACACUCGCAGAUGAUGUCCACCCAGUUUAUGGGCCCUAGAUAUCCAGCAGGACCACGACCUGGAGUACGUAUGCCACAAAUGGGAAAUGACUUUAAUGGACCACCAGGACAGCCAAUGAUGCCAAAUAGUAUGGAUCCAACCAGGCAAGGCGAAGCUGGAGAAUUUGUAGGGUGGCAAGGUCCACCAGGAAUGAACCCAAUGAAUCCCAGAAUGAAUCCUCCGCGAGGACCGGGUAUGGGACCGAUGGGUCCUGGAAGUUAUGGUCCAGGCAUGAGAGGUCCACCACCCAAUAGUACUUUGGGUCCAGGUGGACCAGGAGGUCCUGGGAUGCCACCAAUGAGUAUGGCUGCUCCAGGUGGUAGACAACAGUGGCAACCCAACACAUCUACGCCAAUGAAUUAUUCGUCGUCAUCGCCGGGCAACUACGGAGGGCCGCCUGGAUCAACGGGUCCACCUGGACCUGGUACACCCAUUAUGCCCAGCCCACAGGAUAGCAGCAAUAGUGGAGGAGAAAAUAUGUAUACCAUUAUGAAACCUGUACCUGGGGGAAAUAUGCCGGGUGAUUUUCCAAUGAGUGGCGGGCCUGAAGGUGGUCCAAUGGGACCUAUGGGUCCUAAUACAAUGGGUCCGGUUCUAAAUGGUGACGGUCUCGAUGGAAUGAAAAACAGUCCAGCGAACGGUGGUCCUGGAACACCACGAGAAGAUAGCGGCAGCGGAAUGGGUGAUUAUAAUCUGGGUGGAUUCGGAGCUCCUGGAGAGAAUGAUCAGACCGAGUCGGCGGCCAUCCUGAAGAUCAAGGAGAGCAUGCAGGAAGAGGCGAAGAGGUUUGAGAAGGACUCAGACCAUCCCGAUUAUUUCAUACAAUAACUCUUCACGAGUCGUUGGACCCCGAGACCAAAUUAACAAUAUAAGAGAUAAACGCAAUCGAUUUCCUUUCUUCCUUUAGUCCGAGAAGUAUUUCCAUCCUCUCCUCCUCGCCCCUCCUCCCGUCUUCUCUUUGUCCCUUUGCCGUUGAAACCACUCUCCUGCCUCGUACGUUUCCUAUUCAUCCCUUUCUCGGAUGAAACCUUUGCUGCACCUCACCACGUAUAAGAUCUUCCUCUCCUCUCUUCUUUCCGAGCCGUCGAACGGCGUAGAUCGAUCUCCGUGAGGAAGGGCGCAAGAGACGACCCCUCUUACGCGCAUUGGCGACCCAUCCUUUUUGUCGCAUGCUGCUGCAAGGAGGACCAUGAAGUCAGGAUGGGAGAGACCUUCGAGACAGAGACAGAGAGAAAGAGAGCAUCGAUUUCGCACGACUCUCACGUCGACCGACGUUCUCGCACAGCGAUGUUGUACAGUAUCGAACAUUGAUGGUGUUGUUAUCCUUGAGGUGGAUACGUCAUUCUGAGCGAACGAGUAACGCGGUCGAGCUUACUUAAAAUUUCUCGCAACAUGCGGAAAUUUCCAGUCGAAGCAAAUGUUAUCGGGUAUUCGAGUAACGAUCGUUUUCUUUUUUUAUCCGCAUUCCCUACGAAGUAAAUGUUUCUUGAUCAAACUUUAUCUGGUUAAAACUCGCAUUUACUGUACGUUCGUUACUCGUUUGCUUAACAUACGUUCAUUCUUAGGAUGUAACCACGAACAUUGUUCCAGUAUCUUACUUAGUACAUGAUGAAAAGAGAGAGAGAGAAAGAGAAAGAAAGUGUGCGUGUGUGUGAUAGUAUUAUAUUAGUGUAAACGUUAAACUUCUGAAAUUUUUACGAUCAGAAUCACGGUCGUUUUCAGGAUGAGCCCGUGAAAUUUUCUAAAUGAUCUCGACCGCAGUUCAUCCGUUCUCUGUACAACAAUCUCUAUCGAGAUCUUUAUUAUACAGCCAAGUUCGUACAAUCGAGGAUUGAUCGUCCAAGUUAAUUAUGAUUAACUCUUUGUCUGUAGCUUUAUUCGAUUAUGAUUUGGGAAGAACUGGACACUAGCCUGUGUGAUCAUAGCUAAUAAAACUAAAAAAUAUAUCGUUAAUUGAAAUCUAGUUCGAGAAUUCGAAUCAGAUCGUUGAUCAUCGUUAUAGAGCCCAAGGAUAAGGUCGAUAGCGUGUGAUGUGGACCACGAGAAUCGACCGAAAAAGAAAGAGAAAAGAAGAACGUUUCGUUAUAUAGCUACAUGGAUACGUAAAGUCGCCACAGGCGCAAUAAGACGUUUACGAGCACAAAGAUGAAAGUUGCGUCGCCCGAACGUGGGAGAUCUUUGAAAUUUCAUCACGAUCGAGGACCAAAUUUACUUCUAUCGUACGAUAAAUAUGCAAUUAUUUCACGAACCAAAGCAAGCUUACGAUGGAAAGAGGAAGUGCUUAAUUUACAUGUGGCCGGUUACAAAGUAUCUUGCUAGGACUUAUACUUU